GGAAGUACCCUCUCGCUUCCCCUAGUCCCACAACAUCCCGUGAGCUAACGUUAGCCACAGCAGGUCGUUAGCUACAUGUGCUAGUUUAGACCUCAGUACUGACCUUCCUGUUUAGUUAUUUAUUACUCAAAAAAUGUGACAACUUUGAUAUACUUCUCGGGCAUAUCUCACUACCUUAUUAUUCGGAACAUGUCGGUGGUAAGUCUCGCUGUGAAACGCUCCUGUCGUGGCGUGUCACUUAAAUCAUGUAACCUGUUAGCUAACGAUGGAUACUCAAUAACAAACGAGGAGAUCUUCCACAGAAGAAGGAAAAUCUUCCUGCAGAGCCACAACACACAUUUAACGCGACUGUUGAGCUCUCGACCACUUAACUCCAGGGUACCAGAGGCUGCAACAUGGGAACCAGUACCAGAGGACCAACUUCCCCCGCCUGUGCAUAUCCCUGCCGACCUGGUGGACCAACUGGAGCGACUGGCGUUGGUGGAUUUCCGCACCAAACAGGGACUCGCCUGUUUGGAGGAAGCCAUCAGAUUUGCAGAUCAGCUUCAUGCUGUUGACACUUCAGGGGUGGAACCAAUGGAUUCAGUUCUGGAGGACAGGUCAUUAAACCUUAGGGAGGAUGCAGUGACGGAAGGGGACUGUGCUGAAGAACUGCUUCAGCUCUCCAAACACACUGUUGAAGAAUAUUUUGUGGCACCACCAGGUGAGAAAAAAACCUGAAUACAUGUAUUUUUAAACAUUAG